CGCCCUCGAAUGCCUGACGAGGGGCACACGGCCCCCUCGACGCUGGCUGCGCCACUCCGGCCGAGCGAAUGUGACCGCCGCGGCAGGACUGGCGGGCGGCUACCCGUCUUGGCAUUUCUGGAGUCCGAGCGGCUGAAGCGCGAGAACGAACGGCUAGAAGAGCACGCACGCUCGCUCCCGCCGAGCCCCGCGGUUCGGUGAAAAGACCUUCCGGCGACGACACGAUGGCUUACGGAAAGUGAAAGCGGCGGCUGGAGCGGGCCGCCCCGCGACAAACACGCACGAUGGAGAGGCACGGCGAAGGCGCCCGCCCGCUGCGUGGUCAAGAUGAGGAGGCCAUCGUGGACCUUGGCAAAACCAGCUCUACCAUCAGCACCAACUUUGAGAAGGAGGAACUCGAAAGUCACAGGGCCGUCUACAUUGGCGUCCACGUCCCCCUGGGCAAGCAGAGCCGACGGAGGCACCGGCACAGAGGCCAUCGACACCACCGGAAGCGGAGAGACCGAGGAAGUGACCGGGAGGAUGGCAGGGAGUCUCCGUCCUACGACACACCAUCUCAGCGGGUGCAGUUCAUCCUGGGCACCGAGGAUGACGAUGAGGAGCACAUUCCUCAUGACCUCUUCACAGAAAUGGACGAGCUGGCCUUCCGAGAUGGACACCUCUAUGAGUGGAAGGAGACAGCCAGGUGGCUGAAAUUCGAGGAGGACGUCGAGGACGGCGGAGAGCGGUGGAGCAAACCCUACGUGGCCACGCUGUCCCUGCACAGCCUCUUCGAGCUGCGGAGCUGCAUACUCAACGGGACGGUCAUGCUAGACAUGAGGGCCAACAGCAUCGAGGAGAUCGCAGACAUGAUUAUUGACAACAUGGUGGCCUCGCAGCAGCUGGACGAGACCCUCCGGGAGAAGGUGCGGGAGGCCAUGCUCAAGCGGCACCACCAUCAGAACGAGAAGAAGCUCAGCAACCGCAUCCCCCUGGUGCGCUCGUUCGCCGACAUAGGCAAGAAACAUUCUGACCCCCAUUUGCUCGACAGAAACGGGGACGGCCUGUCCGCCUCGCGCCUGUCACUCCUGAGGCCGAGCCUCUCCGCCUCCAGCCUGUCCCUGCGGGGCGACUCGCGCCUCUCCCUCUUCUUUAAUACCCUCCUGUCGAGCUCCAGAGCGGGAAGCCCAGCGGUGUCGAGGUCGGCCACUCCGCAGCCCUCUCCUGCCAACACGCCGCCCGCCAGUCCGGGCCUCGGGCGCCAUGUCGGCGGACAGGCGGGCGGCGCCGACCCCGCGCCUCGGCUGCUGGUGACGUGCGCCGACAUCCCCGAAGUUGUGGUUCACCCGCCCGAGGAGGACCUGGAGGCCGCCGAGGAUGACCAAGUGGACCACCUGGCACCGCUGCCCCAACCAGGGCUUCUGACGUCCCCCCAGUCGUCCCCUGGAAUUAUUGAAAAUGUUACGAGAGGAUGUGACAGCAAGGCCAGCGGCUUGGGAGGUGGCAGCCGAGAAAACAGCACGGUGGACUUCAGCAGGGUGGACAUGAACUUCAUGAAGAAGAUCCCCCCGGGGGCCGAAGCCUCAAACGUCCUCAUCGGUGAGGUGGACUUCCUGGAGCGGCCCAUCAUAGCAUUUGUGCGCCUGUCUCCUGCGGUCCUCCUUAGUGGCAUUACAGAGGUGCCAGUGCCAACCAGGUUUCUGUUUCUGUUACUGGGUCCAUUUGGUAAAGGGCAGCAGUACCACGAAAUUGGCAGAUCCAUCGCCACUCUGAUGACAGAUGAGAUUUUUCACGACGUGGCAUACAAAGCUAAAGACCGGAAUGACCUGCUGUCGGGAAUCGAUGAGUUCUUGGAUCAGGUGACAGUCCUUCCUCCUGGUGAAUGGGACCCCACGAUACGAAUUGAGCCCCCCAAAAGUGUCCCUUCGCAGGAGAAGAGGAAGAUGCCCGCCUUGCCCAAUGGGUCGGCCCCCGCCACGGACAUCAUAAAGGACGAUGACCACCAUGCUGGGCCGGAGCUGCAGAGAACAGGGCGGCUUUUCGGCGGGCUGAUCCUGGACGUGCGGCGCAAGGUGCCCUUCUUCUGGAGUGACCUGAGGGACGCCCUGAGCCUGCAGUGCCUCGCCUCCAUCCUCUUCCUCUACUGCGCCUGCAUGUCCCCGGUCAUCACCUUCGGGGGGCUCCUGGGAGAGGCCACCAAGGGCAACAUAAGUGCCAUUGAAUCUCUGUUUGGAGCCUCACUGACCGGAAUGGCCUACUCGGUGUUUGCUGGGCAGCCGCUGACAAUUUUGGGCAGCACCGGCCCGGUCCUGGUUUUUGAGAAGAUUUGCUUUAAGUUUUGCAGCGACUACGGCCUCUGCUACCUGUCUCUGCGCACCAGCAUCGGCCUGUGGACGGCAUUCCUCUGCCUCCUGCUGGUCGCCACUGAUGCCAGCAGCCUGGUGUGCUACAUCACCAGGUUCACAGAGGAAGCCUUCGCCGCCCUCAUCUGCAUCAUCUUCAUCUACGAGGCGCUGGAGAAGCUCUUCGACCUGGGGGAGCAGUACCCCGUCAACAUGCACAACGACCUGGAGAACCUGACCACGUACACGUGCCAUUGUGCCAAGCCUGAAAAUGUCAGCAUGGAGACCCUGCAGCACUGGAACACAACGAAUGUCACAGCUGACGAGGUGCCUUGGAGCGAGCUGAAUGUCUCGGCUUGCCACCAGCUCCACGGGGUGUUUGUGGGACCCGCCUGUGGAGAGCACGGCCCCUACAUCCCCGAUGUCCUCUUCUGGUCGGUCAUCUUGUUCUUCACCACCUUCUUCCUCUCCUCCUUCCUGAAGCAGUUCAAGACCAAGCGCUACUUUCCCACUAAGGUCCGCUCCACAAUCAGUGACUUCGCCGUCUUCCUGACCAUCAUGGUCAUGGUGCUGGUGGACUUCCUUCUCGGCGUCCCGUCCCCAAAGCUGCGCGUGCCCGAUCGCUUUGAGCCCACGUCGAAGCACCGAGGCUGGCUGAUUGGCCCCCUGGGCCCGAACCCCUGGUGGACGCUGCUGGCGGCGGCCAUCCCUGCCCUGCUGUGCACCAUCCUGAUAUUCAUGGAUCAGCAGAUCACCGCCGUCAUCAUCAACAGGAAGGAGCACAAGCUGAAGAAGGGCUGCGGAUAUCAUCUGGACCUGCUGAUGGUCAGUCUGAUGCUUGGCAUCUGCUCGGUCAUGGGCCUGCCCUGGUUUGUGGCCGCCACCGUCCUCUCCAUCUCUCACGUUAACAGCCUGAAGGUGGAGUCUGAGUGCUCGGCCCCCGGGGAGCAGCCCAAGUUCCUUGGCAUCCGGGAGCAGCGGGUCACAGGCCUGCUGAUCUUCGUCCUGAUGGGGCUGUCGGUGUUCAUGACCUCCGUUCUGAAGUUUAUUCCGAUGCCAGUCUUGUAUGGCGUCUUCCUCUACAUGGGCGUCUCCUCCCUAAAGGGUAUCCAGUUCUUUGAUCGUAUCAAGUUAUUCGGAAUGCCCGCCAAGCACCAGCCUGACCUGAUCUAUCUGAGAUACGUGCCACUGUGGAAGGUCCACGUCUUCACCGUGGUGCAGCUCACCUGCCUCGUCCUCCUCUGGGUCAUCAAGGCAUCCGCUGCCGCUGUGGUCUUCCCCAUGAUGGUCCUGGCCUUGGUGUUUAUCCGCAAGCUACUGGAUUUCUUCUUCACCAAGAGGGAGCUGAGCUGGCUGGACGACUUGAUGCCCGAAAGCAAAAAGAAGAAGGAGGACGACAAGAAGAAGAAGGAGGAGAAGGAGGCAGCUGCACUCCUGUUCGACGCCGAUGAUGGGGACACCGUGCAGAUUCCAUACGACGGUGCCAGCCUACUGAAGAUCCCCGUGCAGAGCCUCAAGUGCAGCUCUGACCCCUCAGUGGUCAACAUAUCCGAUGAAAUGGCCAAAACGACGAUGUGGAAAGCUGUUUCGAUGAGUGCCGACGGUGCCAAAGUAAUGAGAACUAAUUCAAGCCCUGAAAAGACGGCCUGCAUCAAAAUCCACGUCGAAGACCCCCAAGGAGCCUCCUGCCUGGACACCGAGACGUCCUUGUGAACUGCAGCCUGGGGACACCCCCCCUUGGGCCCGUGGGGGGGGUCUUUGUCAUCCCAGAAUGCCAGCAGGAAGUUGGGGCACGUGGGCCUUGAAGGCGAUGGACCAGCCCAGCCAUGGUGUCACCCCUUCCUAAUUUAGGGGUGCUCUUGGUGCCCUCGUGCCAGUCUUCCCAGUCUCUUGGGCCCACUGAAUGCCCCCCGUUUCCUCCCGUUAGUUUCGUAUUUUUCUAAAUCUCAAGGCAGCGGAUGCUGGUCUUCCAAAGUCCUCCACUGAGUCGGCCGCUUUGAUUGCCCACACGUCUUUUAUUUUUUACUGUGUUCUUGUGUGUGCGCCAGUCAUCUGUGGCGUGGGUGGGCCUCGGUGCCCACUUUCCGUAUUUUAAACGUAGCCUGUGGCCUUUUGGUGACCGUGGUCCAGGUCGGUCUGGUCAGUAUGAAGGUGUAAGCGCGGGCACAUGGCCAUCCUGAAGCUGCCCCUUGGUGUUGUGCCCGCACUGAUGCCAGUGUUUGCUGACAAGACGCCUUUUAUUUAAUUUAUUUAUUUAAUGUGUGCUUUUAAUGAUCGUUCUUUAACUCUGCCAGCCGCGGCUCCUUUAACUUUGCCAGCAGCAGUACCAAGGGCAGGCUGGGUGGACGUCCUCGACACGGGUACUGGCCACAGGGGGUGACAGGUGGCCUAUGUGUCCUCAUCCUCUGUGAUUAUGUGUGCCCAUAGGCAGGUGCCAAGAGCAAUAAAGGCCUCAGGACGUGAGAGUGGGCACCACGUGCCAUGCCUGCUCAGUUGACGAGUAUGGUGACCUGUGACAGACACAAGGGUGGCACCUGCCCUGGCUGAUGCCCAGUAUUUACUGCUCACGUUUUCUUGCUGUUUUAUUUCCUGAGUACGCCUAGAGAUAUGUCGAUGGCACCGAAGCUGCCAGGCACUCGCCGGGUGACUCGAGCUGUCUUUUUUUUUUUUAUUGUCCUAACUGUGCCCUCGUUGUGCCGCUCCAUUUUGCUGCUUUUCGUCUGCGUGUCCAGCCGCCGGUCACUGCUGUCCAGUCUCCUGAAUGUCCAAUCAAAGCAAACUCGCCAGCUUUGGGUGUUUGUCACAGAGCAGAAUUGAAAUAUUUUUGGUAAAUUUUAACAAGUCGGUAAGAAAGCAAUAAAAUCUCGUUCUGUUGU